UUUAUAUAAUUAAAUAAUCAAACAAAGUUUAAUCUAAAAGUUUUGGAAAUUUAAUUUACCAUUAGAUGUUAGGUUUACAUUAAAACCAAACUAUCAUAAGAAAUUGCAAGUUGUACUAAAACCCUUUCUUAAAUAGAUUGACUUGACUAUAGAGAGAGUCUAACUACAUUUUGCCCACCAAAGGUUCAACUUUCAGCUUGAAUUCCACUACGUAAAAACAAUACAUAUAUAUCUUCAUAUAUAAUUCCCAAGCGAAACACACAUCCGAUAUCACCAUUUGCAUCGUCUUCGAUUUCAAGAAACCGACGAAAUGUCUGUAGCAAACCUGAGCACCUCAGUCGAAACCGACCAGCUGAUGAUUCUUUGCAAAGUAUCAUUGAGAGGGGAUGUGCCUGCCUUAGAAGCAUUGCUUCAAGAAGAUGAGCUCAUUCUUGAUAGGGCCUCAGUUACAUGCUUCCAUGAAACUCCCUUACACAUAGCUGCAAUGCUUGGUCACCUCCAUUUUGCCCGAGCACUUCUUAGUCGAAAGCCUAAACUUUCCAAUGAAUUGGACUCUCAUCGUCGGUUGCCUCUUCACUUGGCUUCCGCAGAGGGCUAUCUCGAUAUUGUGAAAGAAUUGUUAGAUGCAAGUCCUGACGCCUGCUCUGCUCGUGAUCAAGAAGGCAGAAUCCCGCUGCACUUGGCAGCUAUAAAAGGAAGAAUUGAUAUUAUGAAAGAACUGCUCAGAAUUUGUCCAGAUUCAAUGACCGAGAAACUGGAUCAUGGAAAGACAAUCUUGCACUUGUGUGUAGAAUAUAACCGGCUGGAAGCUCUAAAGUUAUUGGUUGAAACAGCAAGAGAUGAUGAGUUUGUUAAUGCCUCAGAUGACAAUGGCAACACUAUUUUGCACCUUUCUGCAAUCCUCAAACAAGUGGAGACUACAAAAUACUUGCUUUUGGAGACGAGCAUCAAAACAAACGCAAAUGCCUUGAACAGAAAUGGUUUUACUGCACUGGAUGCUGUAGAGCAUAGCCCAAAGGAUUCAAAAGGCCUGGAGAUACAGAUCAUUCUUCUUGAAGCUGGUGUUCACAGGAACAGAGUCCUCAAUAAUCUCCCAUCAACAUUAUCAUCAUCAUCAGCAGCAGCAGCAAAUGGAUGCUAUUUCAUUAGAAAGUGCAAAAUCAUGGAUAGAUACUUCAUAAAUGUUGGCAAGCGGUUGGAAGAGGCACGCGGAAAUAUACUUGUAGCAGCUACUGUGACAGCUAGUAUAACUUUCCAAGCUGGGAUAAGCCCACCAGAUAUUAAAGCUGAUGGGCAAAAGGACACAAAUUUAGUUGCUCUUCCACCAGUUGCUCCUGAAAAUUUUAUUGACGGUCUUCAAUAUUUGACCCGCCGGGGUUCAGAUUUAACUUUCUGGUACUACAACACCGUCUCUUUGAUGCUCUCCCUUGUAUUGAUCCUGUUGAUGCUUAGUGGAAUCCCUUUCAGAAAUAAAUUUUCAAGAAUUUUCCUAGUAGUAGUCAUGUGCUUCACUGUCCUAUACAUAUCACAAGCCUAUUUCUUUGCUGCGGCGUUGCACUUUCCGGAGCAGUAUCAGUGGCAUAGUGCAGCAGGGCUAUCAUUGUUGGUAAUUGCACUUACAGUUCCUUUAUUGUUUUACUCAAUAAUAUUGUUACAUGUCGUUGCCUCUCUGAUCUACCUGGUUCGGAUGAUCUGGAAAUUUAUCUGUAGAUUAAGUCAAAACGCAUUGCGUUUUAUUAGGAGUGUUUUCUGUAGCUGGCAUAAUUCAAGUUAUUCGGUUCAGGAUAAGAAGGUUCACAGGUUUUGGUGUAAGAUUAGGAACAAGAACAGAGAAUUACAGGACCAGCAAACCACAACCUCGGGAGAACAAAUUAAUAGCUUGAUUUAGGACUGAGCCUGUUUAUGUAUUUGUGAUAUUGCAUGACUUUCUUAUUAGUACUAGACAAGAAUUUUCCCUGUUCAAGUUAAACACAAGAAUUUUCUCCAAUGCUAUUAUGACCUGAAUGCCAAAAACAUGAGCGUGAUAGCGAUGGCCUGCGCUAGAAGCCACACAUAACUUGUCCUUGAGAGGAAAUUCACCAACAACCAAACCUAUGACGCAGUGUGAUGCAUACAAAGCCACG